AUGAUAAAUGAUGAUGAUGAUAAUGAUGUUGAUGAUGAUGAUAAUGAUGAUGGUGAUGAUGAUAAUGAUGAUAAUGAUGGUGAUGGUGAUGAUAAUUGUGAUGAUGAUGAUGAUGAUGAUGGUGAUGAUGGUGAUGAUAAUCAUGAACAUCGAAUCUAA